AUGGCCAGAAUAGCCAAGUUCUACGAGAGAUUGCCAAAAGGCGCAGCACCUGAACGAGCGCCAUCAGGUCUAAUUGGCCGUUAUCAAGCUCGAUACUUUGGCAAGAACCCAUCACCAGCACCUAUUUGGCACGUCAUUUUCUUUAUGAUGGGUUUGGGCUACAGCUUUGAAUACUACUUCCAUUUGCGACACCACAAGAACAACGUGCAUUAG